CAAGAAUUGCCAGAGGCUACCAACAAAAUAUUUUGGGUCUAAAAACGGAAAUAACAUAUUUAAGAGUUUUAAAUUAGAAACAGAAAAUUUAGAAAUGUUACUUAAUUGCUAGACUAAUAAAACCUGUCUACCAUGACGUUAAAAAAUGACGAUUUGCAAGAACAUACAAAGAGGUUACGAUUUAAGAGUGUAUCAAACAUUCAACACUCUCCUGGUGAUAUUAGCGAUAAAAAUUAUAGAGAAACCCGCAAUAAAGAUGGAGUGAAGUCAGCCUCCCUGUUUGCUUUUCUUCAUGUGGAACUUACACGAGGAUAUUUACUAGAACACGAUGAGGAGAGAUUUUCUGCACGAAGGGAGAAAGUCUAUUCAUUUUUUAAAAUUCCACAAGAACUGGAAAAGUUUAUGGUUUAUGGCUUCUUUCAAUGUGCAGAUUCAAUGCUAUUUGUUUAUACAUUUCUACCAUUGAGAUUUGUAAUGGCCUUUUGGUCCUUCUUUGAUAGAGUAUUUAGACAAUGUUUUGGGUUCUAUUCACAUCCAAAAAAAAAUAUACUCAACCCAGCUGAAACAUGUGAUGUACUUAAAGGUUUUAUUUUAUUAGUAUGUAGUAUUCUAAUGUGCUAUAUAGACACUAAUAUGAUGUACCAUUUAGUGAAGAGCCAGAGUGUUAUGAAAUUAUAUAUAUUCUAUAAUAUGCUGGAAGUUGGUGAUCGGUUGUUUUCUGCUUUUGGCCAAGACACAAUUGACGCACUGUUCUGGACAGCGACAGAGCCCCGUGAUAGAAAGAGAGAACACCUUGGUGUAAUUCCACAUUUAAUAUUUGCCAUGGUUUAUGUCUUUCUUCACAGUUUGUUAAUACUAUUUCAAGCUACAACACUUAAUGUAGCUUUCAAUUCGAAUAAUAAAAGUCUUCUAAUAAUAAUGAUGUCAAAUAAUUUUGUUGAACUUAAGGGGAGUGUUUUCAAAAAGUUUGACAAAAACAAUCUCUUCCAAGUAUCAUGUAGUGAUGUAAGGGAACGUCUACAUUUGUCAGUGCUGCUCUUCAUAGUUGUGCUUCAAACUAUGAAAGAAUAUAUGUGGAAGGAAGAACGAUUCUGGAUUUUGGCCCCAGAUUGUGUUCUUGUUCUCACUUUUGAGGUUAUUAUAGACUGGGUGAAACAUGCCUUUAUUACAAGGUUUAAUGAAAUACCGUAUGGAGUAUAUAGGGAGUAUACAGUGAGCCUGGCUUACGAUGUCGCACAAACUCGUCAGAAGUAUGCGUUUAGUGAUCAUUCUGACCUUGUCGCACGAAGAAUGGGUUUUAUACCACUUCCUCUGGCUGUUGUUAUAACAAGAGUGCUGGUACAUGCAGUUAAACUAGAUGGGUUGGCUGCUGUGCUCCUGAUACUGAUAGCUUAUUUAUGUCUGAUAUCAAUACGGGUGCUCGUGUCCAUCGUAAUUCUUGGGAAAGCGUGCGAUUUGAUCUCAAACCACCAAAAUGAGAAAUGUGACAGUCACCAUGCGACGCCCAAAAAAGAACAAAAAGAGACGAAAGAUUUAUUGUCACCACAUAAAACAUGCGAAGCGGAGUCUUUGGAGAAAAAACCAGUGCUUAAGUUUCUCAUUCCGGAAAAUGUUGCUAUGAGUGAACCAUUAGUGGAUGCUUCAGUCGGUGCAGCGGCUAUUUUCUCCAACAGCGCAAUAGAUUUGAACGGCGUCUGUUAUCUGAACGAUAAAAUGCACGCGCAAGUAAAACAGGAGCCCGCGGACUAUAUCGAAACAGACUCCGACGUCAGCCGAAGCGCACCGGAUAUAAAAGCAGCGGCUGCAGCGAUUGAAGAGUCAGUCGAGCGACCUCACUCGCCAGAUGCUGAAGGUCUCAAGCGUCGCGCAGAGUCCGAGCCCAACCUCGCCAAGAAUGACGAGCAAGAGACCACGUAAUACGCUAAUGGAAUUGAUACCCCGACGAAUACGAAUGGCGUUGCGAAUGUGCCUAGAUUAGUUAGAACGAUUGUAAUCUAACGUCAAUAGAUGAUAAUCAUGUCCAUCCAUAGAUUAAUCUCUCAGACAGGAAGGAAAAAUGUCUCAGCUUUUUUUCGGCGCGGCGCUAUUGAAAAUACGACCGUAUUACUUUAGACUAAAGUUGAAAAUUGUAUGCAAGCAAGUGCCGAAUUAGUCGAUAUUCAUGUAUUUUUGUACUUAAUGAUAUGGUAAUACGGUUUGAUUUUGCAAUGUAGCCAGGAAAUUGCUCUGGUAUUUUUCGUUCUGACGUAGCUGACCCUUAAACGUUAGGAGUUAGUGGUGCUAAUACUGUUUUACACACGCUUUACUAAACUGACAGGUCUUAACGUAGUGCUGUCUUGUCACAAGGGUUCUUUUGGAAAAUGAUAUCACUAUUUUAGACUUGUCAAUGGAGUUCGGUUUAGAGAUUUGUGUAAAGCAGAGUGCAAAGUGUAAGAUUUUCUACCCACGUUUACUUUUUCGAUUGCGUGUAAGUUAACUACAAUUUAUAUGGAAUCGAAGGAGCGCCAUCUAGUUACAAUAAACAUCUGGGAAAACAUGUUGUAUCUGGGAUACAAUUAUACAUCUGGGCAACUGGAGUGUCACUAGAUGGCCCUGUUUCGAUACCACAUAAAUCGUAGUUAACUUUCACACGAUCAAAUAAGGAAACGUAGGUAGAAACUCUCACACUUGGCACUCAUAAUUUGUGCCAAUGUUGACCUUCCAGAAUCUUAAAGUAAAUAAAUAUAGUAACGUGGUUGACAUGGCCCAUUCCGCGUGAGUAACAUUGUUAAAUAAGUACUGCUAAUUAUCCAGGAAGCGGUGAUAGCACAGUGUUUAUGACUUCGGUUUCACUUUCGGGGGGCCUAGUUCGAAUCCCAGCACGCACCUUUAACUUAUAAGUUAUGUGCGUUUUAUUUAAUUAAA